UUUCCUUUCGACAAGGAUUGACACCUCGCAAGCAAAAUAUCAAGGUGCUUGGGUUCUUUACGACAGGAUGAUGAUCUGUUGCAUCCAAACCCUGCUGUUGUUGGGUGCUCAGCUGGCUCUUUCAAUCCCCAACAACUUCUUCUACCAUGACUUUCGCAAAGGAAAUGGAAACAAAGAAUUUCACUUCAGUGGUGUGAAGCUCCAUGUGGACUCUGCUCAGCCUGCAGUGUUUGCAGCCACAGGGGAUAAUGUCACGCUGCCAUGCAGGUUUUGGUAUGAGCCCGAGUUGACCUCACCAAGGGAACCCCGGGUCAAGUGGUCCUGGCAGCCUGCAGCUGGGGGACAUGAGACAGACGUGCUGGUGGCUAUCGGCUCUCGAAGUCGAAGUUUUGGGGAAUUCAGGGGUCGUGUGCAGAUCAGACAGGAUUUCCCAGGAGACGCCGCACUUGUGAUGACUAACCUAAUGUUAAAUGAUACAGGCCGUUACCACUGUGAGGUCGUGGACAGACUGGAGGACAAGAGCACUUCAGUUUAUUUGGAGUUACGAGGUGUGGUGUUUCCCUACCAGCACCCUCGUGGUCACUACCACCUCAGCUUCCUGGCAGCCCAGCAGGCCUGUGAGCAGCAGGCCUCCACACUGGCCACCUUCUCCCAGCUCUUCCAGUCCUGGAAGGAGGGCCUGAACUGGUGCAAUGCAGGCUGGCUGGCUGACGGGACCGUCCAGUACCCCAUGACCCGGCCCAGAGUGCCCUGCGGAGGGGACGGCCUGGCCCCAGGUGUCCGGAGCUACGGCAGACGGCACCUGCAGCUUCAUCGUUAUGAUGUCUUUUGCUUCUCCUCUACACUCCAAGGUAAAGUCUACUAUCUGCAACCCUCUCACACGAUGAACCUGACGGAGGCCCAGCAGGCGUGCCAGGAGGACGGAGCACAAGUCGCCAAAGUGGGACAGCUGUACGCCGCCUGGAAGCUCUCAGUGCUGGACCGCUGCGACGCAGGCUGGCUGGCUGAUGGAAGCGUUCGGUAUCCCAUCACCAGGCCCCGGAGAAACUGUGGCCCCUCAGAGCCGGGGGUGCGCAGUUUCGGCUUCCCUCCUCCACAGCACAAACACGGGGUCUACUGCUACAAGUCAGGGGAUGAAUUAAUGUAG